GUUCUUGUACUGUGCUCGCGUCGACCCGGCAUUGUGCCACGGCUCAUGGUAGCCUGGGGUCCGGUUGACAACUAAUCCCAAGAUUUGACGUAGGCACUAGUUUUUACGAAAGCGACUGCCAUCUGACCUUCCAUCUGGCCUUGUUGGGAUUAGUCCGGAUUGCAAGACGCACGCUCUUACCGCUAGGCCACCAACGCUUCCAGGAAUACUUAUAAUAUGACAUGAAAUUUAUACCAUAGUUAUAAUUAAGGUUAAUGAACUAAAGAACUCCCGGUACUUAAGAGGAAAGGGGACGGUCGCUUCUCCAUACAAACGUAGUCCCCAUUUUCCUUUCUGGAUACUCAAUUAUAAAGCCUGCACCUAACAAACGUCUUUUUUUGACUUAGUGGGUGACUGGUAGAGAAUGCCUUAAGGCAUUAAGUCCAUCAUUUGUACUUUAUACUUUAUGUGCAAUAAAAGUAUAAAUAAAUAAAUAAUAUGUAAUUUAAUAAUAAAGAACCCUACCAAUUAUUCCAGUUCGACUUUUACUAUAGAGUUAGUAAGACUACUUGUGUCCUGUGGCCCCACUGUGGUGUGUGUGUGUGUGGGUAUAUACCCAUUGUGAUGAAUCUCCACUUUAUAUACAUUCUUACCUAUUUACUCCUCUGGCGCAGCGACCCAAAGUGUGUCUUGGCCUCCAACACAACUACUCGCCACUGAUCCCAAUCCCGUGCAGUUUCUCGGCAAAUAAAUAAAUUGUUGAUAGGAAAAAAUCAUUGAAAGCGCAAAAAAGGUGGUACCUACCUAAACAUUAUAAUACUGUAUAUUUUCAUACAAUUUAAAAACUGUCUGCUGUGAAACUAUUAAAUCACUGUUAAAACACGUAAUAAGUAAUAUCACUCCGCAGACAAACAUUAUGAUAAGACGUAUGAUAAGACGUUAUCAUCACACCGAAACCACGUUUGUAUCACUCCGACUAAUUUGUUUUACUUUACUUAUUAUAAUUAUGUACUAUACUAGUUUGUAAAAGUCAUCCGUAUUCGACAAAAAAUCUCGUGUCUGUGACCUCGCGGUUCGUAAUAUAUACGGACACACAGAUUUAUUUUACUGAGUUGUUAAAGUCCGGUGGUUAGUGGUUUCGAAUACGUAUACCUUUAUCAGCGAAAGAGAGUUAACCAUGAGCCGAUUGAUUGCGCUUGUGUGUGCGUUAGUUUGUUCGAGCGACGCGGCCAGGAUCUUAGCCGUGUUUCCAACACCUUCAAUAAGCCAUCAAGUAGUCUUUAGACCAUUAACAUACGAACUAGCAAGAAGAGGUCAUGAAGUAACCGUCAUCACAACGGACCCAGCCUUCCCAAAAGGAGAAGCUCCAGGAAAUUUGACAGAAAUCGACGUACACGACAUGUCGUACGAAGUUUGGAGAAAAAUAAUAGCAAACCUUAGAAACGGUGAUAAAAAUGAAGUAAAAAGCCAAGUUAAUGUUUUCAGUGAAGCGUGUCUUGCAAUAUUCGAGAAACAAACUGCUGUUGCUGAAGUACAAGACAUUAUUCAGAACAAGAAUAACAGUUUUGAUUUGUUGCUAGUAGAAGCUUGGGCACGGUUUGCUCUUGGAUUCUCACAUGUUAUCAAAGCGCCAGUUAUAGCUGUAAGUUCUUUUGGUGCUAUUUUAGAUAAUUAUGACGUCAUUGGAGCGCCGAUACAUCCCCUGCUUUACCCUCAAGCACUAGCUACACGUGUUUACAAUCUAUCACUCUGGGAGAAAGUUACACAAUACUACACUUAUUUUUCUAUAAUGAACAACUUCCGAAACUCAGAAAAACAUGAAAAUGCGGUUCUAAGAAGGAUUUUUGGUGAAGAUACUCCUCCUCUGAGUGAAUUACAGAAUAAUAUUGGUAUGAUGUUCAUCAAUAUUCACCGUUUAUGGGAAGGAAACAUACCUGUUCCCCCUAGCGUGAUUCACAUUGGAGGAAUGCAUCAGAAACCAGAACAGGAUUUACCACAGGAUCUAAAGCAGUAUCUCGAUUCUUCCAAGCAUGGCGUGAUCUACCUCAGUUUUGGCACAAACGUUGAUACCUCCGCUCUGCCCAGAAAAAAGAUCCAGUCCAUUAUAAACGCGUUUUCACAACUACCAUACGAUGUGCUCUGGAAGUGGAACCAAGACGAGCUCCCAGGCCGAACGCAGAAUAUUAAGAUUUCAAAAUGGUUCCCGCAAUCUGACCUUUUAAGACAUCCAAAAGUCAAACUUUUCAUAACGCAAGGAGGUUUACAAUCAACGGACGAGACGAUCACUGGAGGGGUACCAGUAAUAGGCAUUCCUAUGAUUGGCGACCAAUUUUACAAUGUGGAAAAGUAUGAAUACCACAAGAUAGGAAAGAAAAUAUACCUUGAGGAUCUCAACGAAGACAUGCUGAGGAGUGCAAUAAAAGAUGUUAUUGAGGAUAAAAGUUACCGAGAAAACAUUAUCCGUCUAAGGACCCUAAUGAACGACCAACCAACAUCAUCCCUAGAGCGCGCCAUCUGGUGGACGGAGCACGUACUUCGCCAUGGCACUAAGCAUCUCCGCGCGCCCGCCGCUAACAUGCACUGGUUUGAAUACUACGAUGUGCAACUGGUUGUUAUUGUACUGUGCGCUGUUUUAACUGUGAUAUUAGUGGGUUGUAUAGUAUUGCGUAAGAUUGUUAAGCUGUUUACGAGUAGUAUUAAAGUUAAGAUUUUGUAGAUUUAUGAGCAGGGCCCGUAGUUAUCAUGCCGUUGACGCAAAAAGGACGUAAUUUAACAUACAGGCAGUUGUUUUACAAUACUACAAAUUUAGAUAACUUACUUAUUGACGGGUAUCAAAAUAAAUACUUGUUACGAGAAUAAAAGCUUGUUACGCUGUUAAAAAUCAAAAAUAUGUAUUAUUUAAUAAAUUAAUAAUCUAUUAUUUAUUUGAGUGACAAAAAGAUGAAAGUCAGUUAGACGUUUCUGUACUGAUUGUCAAGUAUAUGUAUAACUUAGG